AAUUUGAUUAGAAACGCUCUUUUUACCUGUCGACCACCACCAUCAAGCGGCAGAAUCCGCUAUAAAGCUCCUCCACCACUACACAGGUGAGCCCCCCGUUUUGCCGCAGCGACCUCAACUCUGUGAGAUCACCUACGGACUCUGCGAGCCGCUACAGUACAGUAUUGGUCGCUGGCUCGAUCGCACUCCAUCGUGCUUUGUUCUUCGCUCGCGUGCGGCUGAAGAAGUUGCGUUGACUGCCAUUUGGUUGUGUGCAAUUGACGCCCAGAUCCACAAUGAUCGGAAGUGACUAUGUGUUGGAGGCGCACAACAUUUACCACACGACUGAGGUCGAUGGGGGUGGGUGCUUCAGUGGGGGCGACACCUCAGCCCUGGUCCUCAAGUGUGUCAACCUCACGGUGCACAGCGGCGAAGUGAUGGCCAUCCUGGGGUCCAAAGGGAGCGGCAAGAGAGCUUUGCUCGACGUGAUCGCCAGGCGAGGAGAUGGAUCCACCAGAGGACAGGUCCUCUUAAACGGAGCACCGCUGACCAAGAGCCUGUUCCAGCAGAGAUGCGGUUAUGUGACACACUCGACCAACUUUAUUCCCGGACUCACAGUUUCCCAAACCCUGCACUACACUCCGACCAUUUUUACCGGCUAUUUGAAAGCGUCAAAGGUUCGUCAGAUUCUUGCCGACCUAGCCCUGUCGCAGGUCAGUAACAAGAGAGUUGAGUACCUGACCAUGAGUGAGAAAAGACGCCUAGCUAUUGGGAUCCAGCUAGUUCGUGAUCCAGUCAUGUUGCUCCUGGACGAACCUACUCAAGGCCUAGAUCCUUUGAGUGCCUACUUGUUGAUCUCGAUCCUAUCCAAUUCGGCAAAGAAGAGUGGAUGCGGAGUGCUCUUAUCCCUUGAGAAGCCUCGCUCAGAUGUCUUCCCAUUCCUGGACAGAGCUCUUUUUCUUUGCUUGGGAGGAGUCGUCUAUUCAGGAGGAACCAGAGCUAUGCUUGAAUAUUUCCACGGGAUCGGUUUUCCUUGUCCGCAGCUGGAGAAUCCCUUGAUGUACUACUUAUGCCUAUCAACCGUAGAUCGCAGAAGUCGGGAUCGCUUUUUGGAGUCCAGUCAGCAGAUUGAGGCGCUAGUCGAUCGCUUCGCCCGAGAGACUCCGAUUCCUGAGGCGCCCAUCAAUCCCAUGACAGCGGGUAAGGUGCCCUUGGCCUAUGGGAAGCCCAACGAGAUGAAAGUCUUCGGAACGAUUUACCUGCGCCUGCUGGCUUCGACGUUCUCCUGCGGCUACGCUGGCAUGAAGAAUCUCUUCCUGAGGCUCUUCGCACUGCCUCUGGCCAUGUGCACGCUGUGGCUCUUCUACACCAACCUCAAGGACGACCAGAGAGGCUUCUUUAGCAAGAGCGGCAUGGUGCUCAACGUCUUGGGCUUGGCGUACGGUUCCGGGAUUCUGACGACCAUCACGACUUUUCCAACCUGGAGGAAGAGAUUCGUCCAAGAGCACUCCGAAGGACUCUAUUCAGGCGCCUCGUUACUUAUUGCUUAUGACUCUGUCUCACUUCCAUUCUCCUUCAUCUCAGCCGCGAUAGCCUCUUGUGUCAUUUACCCAAUUCUCCUCAAUCCUUCUCGCCCGAUUGGAAGUGCCUUUCUGUAUCUCUUGAUCGCACUGUGGACCAGUUUCGUUUUGGCUGAGCAGCUCUGCAUCUUCUUCCAUCUCUUCGUAAAGUCGCGGAUCAACACAGCCAUCGCCGUGUCUUAUUUGCUCUGCAUUAGCCUCUCUCUGGCCAGCGGCACUGUGAGAUCCUACAAAGGCCUCCUGCCAUGGCUGCAGGACAACUCUCGAGGAACCCACACGAGAUACGCAUCUCUCUUGCUUCAUAACACCUUCUUCCUAUCUCGUCCCGUUAGUUGCACGGCCGGGCCUCAGACUGUCUGUGUGGCGCCCUUUGACUUCCUCCACGAGCGCCUGGGGAAAGCUGAUCCGCAGGAGAGCGUAGAUCUCGCGCUUUCAAUCGCAUUUCCUAUUGGUUUGGCGAUAAUCAACAUGAUUAUUUACAUGAUGCCAAUGCCUCGCUUCGUUAGAAGGAAAUUCAGAGACUAAUAUUUAUUUUGCAGCACUUUUAUACUAAAUAAAUAUCACUUUUGAG